UAUUUAUAUACUAGAAACAUUCAAACCAAAACAAACUUUAUUACCUCUCUUUCCUCUUCCCUCUUCCCUCUUACAAGAUAUUUUAACAUCCAAUCUCCAGAUAUAGCAAAUCUCUUCUGCUUUAGUUUUUCCUAAAUAUGGAAGACUUAAGCUUUUAUAUUGGAGUCAUAGGCAAUGUUAUUUCUGUGCUGGUGUUUCUUUCUCCAGCUGGAAUAUUUUGGCGAAUAAUAAAGCACAAAUCAACUGAGAACUUUGAGAGCCUUCCUUAUAUUUGCACAUUGUUGAAUUCUUCGCUAUGGACUUACUAUGGCAUCACAAAACCUGAAGAAUAUCUUGUAGCCACUGUUAAUGGUUUUGGCAUUCUAGUUGAAGCUAUCUAUGUUACUUUAUUCUUCAUUUACGCUCCAUCAAAACAGAUCAGGUGCAAAACAGCCGCUCUUGUUGGGAUCCUGGAUGUGGCUUUUUUGGCAACAGCGAUUCUCGUUACUCGGUUAGCUUUGCAAGGAGAGUUACGUAUUGAUGCUUUAGGCUUCAUUUGUGCGGGCCUCAAUGUUAUUAUGUAUGCAUCGCCUCUUUCUGCCAUGAAAACAGUGGUGACUACCAAGAGUGUGGAAUACAUGCCAUUUUUCCUCUCAUUUUUCCUAUUUUUGAACGGUGGGAUCUGGGCUUUCUAUGCCUUGCUUGUUGGUGAUAUUUUUCUUGGGGUGCCAAAUGGGGCAGGGUUUGUACUGGGAACAGCUCAGCUAGUACUCUACGCAAUCUACAGAAACGCCAAGCCAUCAAAGAAUGUUGCGAAUGCAUUAGAAGAAGGAACACAACACGAACCUCUAAUCUCUCCCUCUUAAAAACCAUCAUUUGCAAAUUAUCAUGAAGCGUAAACAAACCCUAAAGCCAGGAGUAUCCUUUAUAUAUAUAAAUAUAUAUAUUCCUGGAGGUUUAACUUGGUCAUUCAUUGCUUGACGGGAGCAGAAGGGGUGAAACGUUACUACACCGUCAUGCGUAUAAAUCAGCUUAUGGGCAUACGUAAUUCCGUAUUAUAGGUAUAGUUUUGAGACUGUUCAACUUUUGUUACUCUCAGAAGUCUGUCAUUUUAUCAGUAUUCGAUAGAGGAAGAUGCUUGCAAGUUUGUGUUUUAGAUAUUGCAUUUUGUAUCGUCAUUAAUGUCCAUGUAAAGUAAGAAAUGAAGGUUUUGUAGUUAAUCUAAACUAUAAAACAUACUUUAUUUAUUA